GAAUAUUAUUAGGAAGGCUACUUCUCAAUGGAUACAAAAUCGUCACCGGUUAACAUUGAUGAAAAUGACAUCAAAGCUGCGCUAGCCGUUAAUAUUCGACCACACGUUCGUAUGGUGGGUAUCUUAAAUACUCAUCCUAAGGUUAUUGCUAACGAUUUAGAAGCGAUAAAAAUGUGCGAUUCGAUUCAAGCUGUUACUGCAGUGAUGGAAACGAUUAGAAAUCGAUGGUCUAACCUUGGCAUUUUUCGUACAGUUAAUUAUAACUUUGAGCCAACACAGAAUGGCGAAAAAGGUGACAUAUGUGUGAGAAUAGAUGUCGAAGAAAACAAACCCAAAAAGAGCAUUGGUAUUUUCACAACUGACACAUCUCUACCAGAGGUGACUGUAGCUUUUGAGAAUGCACUGGGUGGGCGUUAUUCUAUAAAAGGAAAUUAUAUUCCCCCGGCUUCUCGUGUUCAUUCACUUUCAGUUUCUUUGCUAUCAAACGUACCAUUUAUCGGUCAAAAUGCGGAGUAUUACAUCGGAAGGCGAACAGAAAGCAAGGCCUUUCACGUCGCCAGUGGUGAACAUAUUGAAGAAGUGAAGGCAACGACACAAACACGGAAAUUUGGCAUUCUUUCAAAUUUUACAAUAGGGUUUCAACGACGUACUCUACUAGCAAAAAACAAACGUAGUCUCCCGGAGACAUUGUUGAGCGAUUUCAGUACGACUAAUAAAGGGUACAUUCGUCAUGAGCUAGAGCUUUCACGUCUUGCGUAUCACGCCAAUAUGCACCUGUACAACAUGUAUCCAUUACCAAUUUAUGGGCAUAGUAUUAAUUUGACCAAUGAGCUUGCCGGAGGCAUCAUUGCAGGCAGUUUUGAUUUUCUGAAAAGUGAAUUGCAGUGUUGCAAGCAUUGGCCCUUAGGUCCUUUUUUUAGUUUUCAGUGGGGUCUUAAGCUCGCUGGAAUAUAUCCUUUCAUGAAAAGCCACAUUCCACUCAAUGAUCGCCUUUUCUUGUCCAAUUCUCAUGUUCGGGGUUUUAAGUCAAUUGGACCGUCGACACUGGACUUUGGUCCCUCUCAACAAUUUGCAGCAACUGGUGGGAAUGCAUUAUGGGCGACCUCAUUAAACCUUAAUUUUCCUCUUUUAUUUUUUCCCAACAACGGCUUAGCUGCAAUGCAUUUAUUUGUGAACGCAGGCAAUCUUCGCAUGGUCGAAACAUUCCGACAAUUUCAGGAUGCUUACUCAUGGUUCCGAAAAUCCGCUUGUUCUUUUGGGAUGGGAAUAGUUAUUACUCGGAUACCCUUGUUUGGUAUAUCAUCAAGCGGACGUUUUGAGCUAAACUUUUCAAUUCCUCUAGGAAUCGACAAGCAUGGCAAUGUAGCAUUUCGUAAUGGGAAUUGUAAUGUCUUUGAUAAAAUCAAGUUCGGUCUCGUAUGGUCAUCUAAUUUAUCGAUCUAAUUCCCCUCCUUCGCCUUAAAAUUAAGUACUUGUCAAUGGCAUUUUCAUAUACGCCCCCCCAAA